GACGGCUGCUGUUGCUAAGUGGCGUCACCGCGCCGGUUGACGUAGCGACGGCGGCGGGGCAGUGUGGGGGGGUGGAGGCCUUGUCAGCGGCGGGGCCGGAAAUGGUACAGUUGUUGCUGUGCAGCUGGAUGUUGCUGAAUAGCAUUUCUAUGAGCUUGCUGUUCAAUCUGUCUGUUGUUCAGAAUGGCAAAAAACCCUAAUUUUCAGGAAGUUGGUCACCUGCCUACAGGCUACGUCCACUGUAAAUCUUCAGACAGCUUUACUGUCUACCAAUAUCACCAUCCCUCCAAGAUGAGUAACAGCCAUCCACUUCGUCCUUACACAGCUGUGGGUGAGAUUGACCAUGUGCACAUUCUGUCAGAGCACAUCGGUGCUCUAAUGAAUGGGGAAGAAUAUAGUGACGUUACCUUUAUUGUAGAAAAGAAACGUUUUCCGGCACACAGAGUGAUCCUGGCUGCUCGGUGCCAUUAUUUCAGAGCAUUAUUGUAUGGCGGAAUGAGAGAAUCUCAGCCUGAAGCAGAAAUUCCUCUUCAAGACACCACUGCAGAAGCAUUUACCAUGCUGUUGAAAUAUAUUUACACUGGUCGUGCUACACUACGAGAUGAGAAAGAGGAGGUUCUCCUAGACUUCCUAAGCCUAGCACAUAAAUAUGGGUUCCCAGAACUGGAGGAUUCCACCUCUGAGUAUCUUUGCACAAUACUUAAUAUUCAGAAUGUCUGUAUGACAUUUGAUGUUGCCAGUCUUUAUUCCCUUCCCAAAUUAACUUGUAUGUGCUGUAUGUUCAUGGAUAGAAAUGCCCAAGAGGUGCUCUCCAGUGAAGGCUUCCUGUCACUUUCUAAGGCUGCUCUUCUAAGUAUUGUACUGAGGGACUCAUUUGCAGCUCCUGAGAAGGACAUUUUCCAAGCUUUGAUGAAUUGGUGUAAACAUAACCCCAAGGAAAACCAUGCUGAAAUCAUGCAAGCAGUACGUUUGCCACUAAUGAGUCUAACAGAACUACUAAAUGUUGUAAGACCUUCUGGAUUGUUGUCACCUGAUGCCAUCCUAGAUGCCAUUAAGAUUCGUUCUGAGAGUCGGGACAUGGACCUCAACUACAGGGGCAUGUUAAUACCAGGGGAAAAUAUUGCAACAAUGAAGUAUGGAGCACAGGUUGUAAAAGGGGAGCUGAAGUCUGCUUUAUUAGAUGGGGAUACUCAGAACUAUGACUUGGAUCAUGGCUUCUCUCGACACCCGAUCGAUGAUGACUGCCGUUCUGGAAUUGAAAUUAAACUGGGCCAGCCAUCAAUAAUCAACCACAUACGAAUACUUCUGUGGGACAGAGAUAGUCGGUCUUAUUCCUACUACAUUGAGGUGUCCAUGGAUGAGUUAGACUGGAUUCGGGUUAUUGAUCACUCUAAAUACCUCUGUCGGUCCUGGCAGAACCUGUAUUUUCCUGCCCGUGUCUGCAGGUAUAUUCGAAUCGUUGGGACCCACAACACAGUGAACAAAGUUUUCCAUAUUGUGGCAUUUGAAUGCAUGUUCACAAACAAAACCUUUACUCUUGAGAAAGGCCUGAUAGUUCCCACUGAAAAUGUUGCAACAAUUGCAGAUUGUGCCAGUGUGAUUGAGGGUGUAAGUCGCAGUCGCAAUGCAUUGUUGAAUGGAGACACAAAAAACUACGAUUGGGAUUCUGGGUACACGUGCCAUCAGCUUGGGAGUGGAGCUAUUGUAGUACAGCUAGCACAACCCUACAUGAUCGGAUCAAUACGGUUGCUACUUUGGGACUGUGAUGAUCGGAGCUACAGCUACUACAUUGAGGUUUCAACGAAUCAGCAGCAGUGGACUAUGGUGGCUGAUCGCACAAAAAUUUCCUGCAAAUCCUGGCAAACAGUCACUUUUGAUAAGCAGCCCGCAUCUUUUAUCAGAAUAGUCGGAACUCACAACACAGCUAAUGAGGUGUUUCACUGUGUGCAUUUUGAGUGCCCAGCACAGAACAGUACCCACAAGGAUGAGAGUAGUAAGGAAGUGGCAACAACAGAGGUGGGGACUGGUGGACAACAGCUUGUUUCUCGCCCUGUUCGAGCUGCAAGCACUAGUUCCCUGCAUUCCCCUCCCGGAUCCACCUCCCGUUCACAUGCUCACCAACCGUAAAGGAGAUCGAAAGGGAGCUUUUGCAGCCCUGCUGACAUUUUAUGAAAUUAUUCAGAAGCUUCUUGUGAUGGCACCCUUUCAUUCUUUUUCUCUGUGAACAAAGGGGACCACAUCUGAAAGCUGGAAAUGCUGAAAUGGAAAAGGCUUUUCCCAAGGACAUGAAGAGACUGCUUCACUCUCCUCAAUUUGUUCAAAUCAGGCUGGUCUCUGAGGGGGGAGAAAAUAGGUCUUCAAUCUUCAUCAAGUACCCCAUUAACACCCUACCUCUCUAAUCUAACCAAGGCAAGGAGAACAGAAGGAAAUAAAAGGCAGAGCUGCAGUGGAAAUCUAAAAUGACUUGAGCAGAAUGGAAGGCACAUGAAAUAAGUAUUUGUUCCCUGAAGGCUUCCGUUAGCAAAGAAAAUGUUUAUGGAACGCAUCAGUCCGGAAUAUAUGUUAUUUUUAAAUUCAUUCAUAUUCCUUUGUAACUACUAAUCUGUUUUCUAAAUCGUUUUGACUCUGUAUUCCACUUUGUCUCUUAUUUUUGGCAGUAGCAAAUGCUGUGCAGUAGAUUAAAGAAGUAUCAAACAUGUUUACCUGCUGAGAUGCAAAUUCCCUCAUUCAUCAGUGGGAUGACCAGAAAAGCCUUCAUGAUAUCAACAAAAUAAUUAAUGGAUGCUAUAUUAAUCUUGACCUUAGUUCACUUUUCAAAGUACAAAAUUGUCAUUUAUUAUACUCAAAAAGGAAAAGUCCUAAAUCAAGCAUCCAUCUUGAAGAAAAACAUAUUUUUCACUCCUGAAGAUGAUUACUUAAACUUUACCUAUCUCUAAGAAAACUUGCAACAGAUCAUCAGAAAUGUUUGGUUUAGAAAAGUGGAACUGUAUCUGGUUCCUGACAAGCAGUUGGUCAGAAUACAAAAAGAAGGAUUUGCAGAUACUUAUUUUUUUCCCCAAGAAAAAAAAAUGCUUUACAAUCUGGAGCUAAAAAUUCAAAGGCUGUAUGUGCAUAAACUUUUCUCAUAAUCUUCCUAGAAUGUGAUGCUUUUACACUGUAUUGUAAAAGAUCUGGCUCUUCACAAUCACAGAAUUUGUUAUCCAUCUGUGUCUGUCUGGAUCACAUUGCCUGCUACUUUGCUUUUUCUAAGUGUUUUCACACUGAUGAUGAUGCGGUCUCUUACUCUCCAGAUCUACCUGACUUAUAGGAAGAGCUGCACGUUGGUCUUUCAGUAUGGGAUAAAGUGAGUUUGCAUUAAGACAAACGCCGAUGUAAUUGGCAAAAUUGAGUAGGAGGGUUGUUACUCCUCACAAAGUGUAUUAUAUUGGAAAUGUCAGCUAUCCAGUUUUAUGAACUUGGAAUUUCCUGUGGUGACAAAUAGCCUUGUCAGAAGAAAAGAAAGCUAGUGUAGGAUAAAUACGGUUUUCCUUUGCAUAACCAUAGUGAUAAAAUGAGUUAUAUCAACAUAGCAAAUAGUAUGUUAAUUUAUCACACUACUUAAUUUGAAAGAAUUUCCCUCUUGGAUACUAGUUGUGCUAAGAACAGGAAGAAAUAUAACAAGUGGUAGCAAUGAAUCAGUAGAAACUUUGAAGGAGAAAAGCGUCCUUUUUCUUGUUUCAAAUAAAAUUGAUUAGGCUUUAUCAAUAAUACUAUAGUAUUUUUCAUUGCCAAAUUGCAGUUGAGUUCUGACACGUGCAUAUAACUCCCUCCCGCGCCACUGCUGUUUUCUGACUUGUGAAUUCUGUCGGAGAAGAUGCACACCCAUUGCGUUAUACAUAGCUUACAAGAUGCACCACAGCUGCCUCCGACGGCCUGGAGUUCUGAGGCAGGAUACUGCUCGUGCCAGCCUGGGCUGCGGAUUACCUUAUUGCUUAACAGCCUUUGGAGCAUGAAAGAAUUAAGACCAGCUACUGGGGACAAAACUCUCUUGUUUAAGUAUAGGUCCAAAAAGUUGAAUUUUUCUUUUCCUUUGAAAAGUAAAACCAGAAAACUCUUCUAUUCUGGAUAUAAUCCAUGCUUUUCUAUUCUGGAUGUAAUCCAUGCUGGAAGUACUGAGAUGCAUGGAGGUUGUCUUGCCUUUAGUAGGUAAGUCCUUCCAUGUCAGUGGCAGUAGGUAUUUGCAGUUUGAUCAAACAAGUUUUCUUUUCUUAAGCUGUGGGUAAGCAAAGAGCAUAACUUCCUAGCUGUUAGUCUUUAGUAGUCACCAUUGUAGAGAAUGUUUAAAAAAAAAUUUAAAAGUUUGUGCCAGCUGUUCUGAGUCUAGGCUCUCAGAGAGAACAGGAUUUUCAGUUUGUAAUCUUUGAUGUGCACAAUUAAUUUUUAUGAUACAAAUAAGUCUUGUAGACUAUACCAUACUGCAAAUCUAUUUGAUCUUAUCCUGUGACUCACUGUUGAACAGAAAUGUCUGUUUAUUUCCCAUGGCAUUCACUUCCUGCCAAGAAUCUAAAUGAACAGAUCUGAGAUUCCCAAAGUAAAAACUAUGAGGUUCUAUAGACCUUCCAGCUCCUCACCCCCUAAAAUUGAUCAAAACAAAAAAACAACUUUGCAUUGUCCCUUCAUACAGGUGAAGAGAAAUUUUUAGUAUUAGAUUGAUUCUCAGUCACACAUGGCCUUUCUCACAGUCUUUAUUUUCUUCUGGUAGAGUUACUCUUAGAACCUGUCACUGGGGUGUCACCAAUGUGACCACAGAUCUCCCAGACAUUUAAGACAAGCCUCGCCACAGCUUCACGUUUCCUGAUGGGAAUCCUUUACCUUUCUAUUCAAUGAAAUAAUGUUGAAGUGUUUAAAGGACCUGAACUCUGCUUGGUCUUCUGACACUACCCACCAACAAACACCCCUAAUAUCUGUAUUGCCUGGCGUAGGUCUCUGUCUUAAACGUUGUGUCAGCAACGUAUUACUAGUGACAAAGGAAGAUAGUGCACAGAACUGAUUUGUGGUUUGGUGUGAAUGUUCUCAUUCUUUCUAAUUAUUGUCUGUAUUUAUUGACUCCCAAUUUCAGAUGUAGUUCUUGUAUAUUCUUCUGAAAUAUUUUUUCUUUCUUUUUCUUUUUUUGUUCCUUUCAGUGGAAUUAAGUUGUGCUGUUAUGGCUUAAUAUCAGGGUUUAUCAGGCUGAUGACGUACUAUAAUUAUUCGGAACUGGGUUAUCACUUACUUGUAUUUUAUUUACAGCAGGGGUAGAGCAGAACUGACCAGGUAUUCAUUGCUUUCUUGUCAGAAACUUUAAAAUAGACCUGUUGUUAGAUUUCUACAUAAUGGAACUAACUGUAUUGUCACUAUUGAGCCAUUAUUUCUAUUUAGUACUCUAGUAUCUUUAAAUUCCCCAGGCCUCAUUUUCUCAUUUUUUCUUCCAUAGGUUGAAUUCAAGCGUAGGCUCAACUCAUAUGGAGCUCAACAAAGCUCUUUCGAAAGUCUCUCUAUUUAAUUAACUUCUUCUAAGUGCAUUUAAAAGAUUUGCAUUUGCAGAAAUGUACGACCAAAUAUCAACUCCUUAAAACUGAUUUAUCCAGGAAAAUUAACUUCUGAAGUGAGCAAAAAUUGUGCAGCUCUGUUUUCAAGCCAUUGCAAAUCAGCUCUAAAACAAUUUCAAAUGGCGCGUUAAAUGGAAUUACAAUGAGAGAAGUUAAUCCAAGUCUAAUGUAAAAGACAAUACAGAGGAGGAAUCGUGGAUUUUGUUAGAGAAGGAACUAUUAUUCAUUGCAGUUUCCUUCCUUUACAGCUCCAUUUCUUUCUUUUUUUCCCCCUAAAAAUCAGUUUUUCUUGCUUAUUAUGACAACUCACGAAAGAGCUCAGUGCUUCGCAGCAUUGUUAAAAAAUUCAAAUGAUUUUAAUGCAUCUUCAUCUUUACUAAUGAUAACAUUAAAUUAGAGAAUUUUCAGUUUAGUAUCUGACUUGAUGAGGGCUGAUUUCUGUGAAAGAAACCAAAAGAUGUCUGUAAUUGUUCCACUCUAAGUAAAUUAAGUUUUCCAGCCAAAUGCAUGCUUGCAUCUACUCAUUAUUCAGCGAUGUUUUCUACAUCUAGUGUCAGUGCGAAAAUUAGAAGAAAAUGAAUGCCAUUCUUGUCUGAUUGUUGUGCGUUAGUAGUUCUGGUUAUACAGUGGUGCCCACUCAGUUACACUCCAUAAGGAAUUAGAACUUAAAUGUGAUUUCACAGAAAGUAACUCUGCUAUACAUCGCAUUUCUCUAUGAAAGUAUUAAUUGGCUUAUAUUUUGACAGGUGUUAAUGUACUGUCAAAUGGACAAGUGAACCCAUUGGUUAUUUUGUUGUGGUGGCUGGAGUAGUCAGCAAAUAAUCCGAGCCAGUAAGAAUUAAUGUAUUUAAGAGUAAAUGUUUAAGCUUGUACGUCAUGAUACCAGUUGCCAGAGGAUUAAACCAUGCUUCGGAACUAAUAAUUUGCAGAUCCCAGAGGGCGCUUGAGGCCUGGUUUGCAUCCCCAUCUCUCAGUUAAUGGUGUAUUUGGGUUAGAAUCCUUAGUUCUCGCUGAACUGAUUGUUGUUGUUGUCAGUUGUACUAGUUAACUUGGAUAUAUGUAGAAGCUCCACAAAGCUUUGUUUGGGAUACAGAAAUUAAAGUCCUGCAUCAAGUUUUAGGAGUACCCUAAUAGACGUGUGUAUAUAUAUAUAUGUUAAAUCGAGCUAGUAGCUAAUUAUUUAGCUUGAAUUUAGAACAGGUCCUAAAGCUCCAAAACUAAAAAAAAAAAAAAAAAAAAAAAAAAAUUCUGUGCAGGCAGGUAUGAAACGCAACCAUUGGGGUAUGGCAGGAUGCUGGCUCUGUUUUACAGUUGCUUAAAAAGUGCCAGUGUCUACACAAGGUAUGGGUCAGCAGGUCCAAAGCUGCUUUUUGCCCAGUUGUUAAGCAUUGGCGAUUUGGCUGUAGUGAGGUGUAUAAAAUAGAGCAAGUUAAAUGCCCAUCUCAAAGACAGGGGUGCAGUCCAAAGAACACACCUGCAUCCCUUAUAGCUACCUUGUAUGCUCUGGCUUGCAGUGUUUACAGAGUGAGCUGCCUUAUGACUUUUGUUAACAGCUCAAAAACCCCUGCAGACAUUUCUUUGGCCCUUCACAAGCUUUCAUUGCAAAGCUUUGGCUGGGGUAAUGUCGAAGUCCCACCCAUAUUCCAGGAUAGAAUCUGGGUCUGUGUUUGAUUUUGAAAAUUCUUACUAGAAAAAUAGUUUUAAAGUUGCCCUGCAACUUUUCUUAGAUAAAGGAAGCCCAAAUUAAAAACUGUAUUAUAAUACAAGGAAGCUGCAGGUAUCUGUCAUUUACCAUUAGACUGACUGCCAGAACAACUACAUACCAGUUUUAUAAUACUGUAUGUGUUUUUAAUUACUACGAUAUAUACAAAUGGUGGAAGGAAGUGAAGAAUCAGCUCCGCACACCGUUGGCAUUAGACAUUAUCACCCAACCAGAGAUCAGAGAAUUACUAGUUCUGCUGUUCCUUCCAGCCUAAUAGAAUAAUACAGUUCAGUGCUCUGAAAAAAAAUUAUAAUUGAUUCAUUACGUAAACAUCAUGGGAAUGGACGUUUGGAUUACUUUGGCUAAAAAUCUGAUGAGUGGUGACUUUACCCUGCGGAGGUGUAAACAUGCCUCUCCCGCUGGAGAAGCUACUGGAGUAGCCUCCUGCUACGUUAGGCCCUGGGCAGUCAUGGAGGAGGAGAGCUGCACUGUUGGUGCAAUGUGAGUACUUUUCCUCAUUAAAACUCCUGCUCAUCUGUUCUGUAUUUAUCAUCUUGGCACAUCUAUUCUCUUUGUGCAGCUACACAUCCCUGGAUUAAAAGAAGGUAGCCUAGUUUCUCAUGAUUUUCAGAAUUACCCAGUGACUCCUGACAACUGGCAGAUAGACAUCAACAAGCUCAGUCUGUAUUAAGUAGUCUGAAGAAUUUACAAAACUGACCUGUACGGUCUUUUACAGCAAAUGCUGUGUGUCCAAAAAGUACCAAGUGACUCCUGAAAUACCAAAUAAGUUGUGCAGUAUUACUGUUUAGAUGAAGGUUUGUGCGCUUAAAACUAUGUGCCAUGUAAUCCAAGUGAACAGGAGUGUUAUGGUUUGAAGAACCCACAACAAUUUAUUGUUGUUUAGACAACUAUUCUGUCACCCGAUGACCUCUCCCCACCCAGGAAGGGGAAUCGGAAAAGAGCGAGGAAACCCGACGGUUGAAAUAGAAACAGAUUUAAUAGAAUAGGACAAAAUAAAUAACACUAAUGAUACUAAAGAACCAAUAUUUAUCCUGAUACCAAUAUAAAAUAGACAAGGAUUAUACUCUGCCAAUUCUACCAGUAGGAAGCUGUGCACUCCCAGCAGUGGACAGCAAAUGUUGGACACUGCGAGCGCUGUGGCUUCAGGAGGAAGGGAAGGGCUCAGGGGUCCGGCACUGGGGCAAGAAGUUCUCAGGAUCACAGCCAUCUCAGAAGAGAGGGACUCCUCAGCAAACUUUCUAAUUCAUAUUGAAUGUGACGUUCAUGGUGUGAAAUAAUCCUGUUGGCCUGCUUGGGUCAAGUGCCUGGGUCUUGCUCCUCAUCCCCACACCUGGCUAGCUCAAAAACACCAUACCUGGCUAUAAAGUAAAUAUUUUCACAAAUUCAGACACUAGAGUCUUCUAAAAAUGCAGAUUCUCCAAGCAUUAGAAGAGACCUUACCGAAAAGUGAAAUUAUUGAAAGAGAAAUUAGUCCUGUGUCACCCAAACCAGGACAAGGAGUUACUACAGCUGCUUCCUGCAGAGGAAGCAGGGAACUUGCACACUUACCAGGAAUCACGGAUUUCCUUCGUAUCGCUUUUGGUCUACAUCACCUAUCUGUUGUCUCGGUACUCCCGAGCUAUGAUCACUAGGUGAUCUAUGGUUAAUACCUAGAAUCCAGUAAGUGUGUUUAACAAUAGAUGCUAAGAACUUUUUGUCUUCACUUAAAAAUUUUAGAUUGUGCUUUUGAAGCAUGGUCAGGCCACAGAAUUGGGUUUUGGGCAUCUUCUGUAGCUGUCUAUUCGGGUUUUUUUAAGUUAUUUUCAGCUGCUAAAAGAGUAGAAUUGUUCACAGAAAUUUCUCAUAGAGAGACGAAGAUACGAUUCUUGUGGUCUGAGCUAUUUCUGUUUGUCUUCCGUCCUCACAGCUCUUAUUUUUUCCCACAUGCUUCCCCCAGUCUUCUUGUUACUCCUUUUCUUUUCCUCCCUACCUAGCGUCGUAUCGCUGUUGCUGUGGUGUUCCCUGGAACUUUUCUUCAAAUUGUGAUAUAUUAAGGAUUUUUAAAACUUUAUUUGUUUUUACCUCUUUGUCAUAUGCUGAAUAAAACAUCCUUGUCCCUGUUCACUCACGUCAGUCUUUAAAGGCAGCCACCACUAGGCUGUCAAGUGCUAUUGAGCAAAAUUUAAAUUUGACUGUCUAUGGAUAUGGGAAAUACCAGCCCUUUUGGAGCUUGUACUUCCAUAAUCUGCUUGUUGCCCUUACGAGAAAAAUCAAGAUGUUUUCUGUUGACUUAAGUAGUAGGUCAGGCUUUCUGCAGGCUUAUCUAACUUAAGUGUAAAUAUAAAUUUAAGUAUUUCUGUCUCACCAUGAUGCACCUGAUAUACGCUCAGUUUGUUAGUUGUGCGUUGCUCAAUGUGUUAGUUGUACGUAAGUGGUGUUUUCUAAAUAAACUGCAUCAUCAAAAUUGAACCUCAAAAGAAUACGUAACUUUUCAGCGUUCCUGUGUGAAGGUAUUCCCGCUGUCUGGAGAUUCAAACAUCACGCAGAGCACAUGGACUCAGUUUGAGAAGUACAGCUUCACAAUUCAGUGCCCAUGUCUAUUAACCUUGUCCAAUAUCUUGUAAAGUUUUCUUUCCAUUCUGCUUUGCUCAGUUUCGUUUAUUAUCAUUGGUUUUCUUUCUGAAGUGAAUAUUAAUGUCGUUCCUUCAAAGAUCAUAAAUUAAAUAUAUGGAGCCGGGCUAAAUAGAAGUUCAGAUUUUAAGGAACUUUUUCACUCAUUUCUGUCAGUGCUUCUCUUGCCGUACAGUAGUUUAUAACUAUAUGGCUACACUCCCCUUCUCUGUAGCAAUUAUCAUUGUAUUUUGAAAGUUUUGUGCAUUAAAUACCUUUCCUUCUUUCUCAUACUUCCUAAACACAGAGUGGUUUUAAGCUACCUCAGACCUUGUUGUGAACAGGUACGAGUUUCAGCUAAAGUUUUCAGACUUUAUCAUAUAGCCUCUGAACGUUCUUUAAGUGCAUGUAUAUGUAGCGAAAUCAGCCUGCCCAGACCCUGAUUGCAUUUUCAGGAGCACUCUCUGGAGCGCGAUAGGUAACUGGGAUGAAUUCAGGCCACACUCAUUCAGGCUUAUACCCGUACCUCUUUCAAGGAAAACUAUUCAGGAGCGCAACUUCCGAUACGGGAAAUGCUUCAACUUUCUGGUCUCAGCUCUUUGAAGGACCAUGAUAUUGCCUGCGCUGGACCGCUUUCACCUCUCUUACUGUGACAACCCUCGUAGAAAUUGCGUCGUCAGACCUCCAUUCCUGGCUGUCAACAGGAGCUGUGCUAUUGCAUCGGACUGCUCUCGUCAGAUGAGAAUAAACCCCGCAUGGCGUGUACUGAUGGCCUUGAUAACGUUUUAUACCGCAACGGAUACGCAUUGCCAACCGUUCGGGCUAAUUAGGUUUCAGGUAAAAUGAUGGUUGCAGAUUGUGCUGCAGUGAUCCAAUCAAUAACUUUGGGAGUUGUCUGGUUUUGUAAGUUAUCCAUUGAACAACCUGGCAAACCUUGUUAGUACUGAUUUCUUUUUCACCAGCAGACGUGCACAUCAUCAGACGAGCAUUUUGUAACAUGGAGUUUUCUAUGAGCACCUAGAAAAAGCAGCAUUGCAAUUAUAUCCUUAGUAACGAUGUGUGUAUUUGUAAUGAAAGUCAUAGAAUUAUUAAAUUGCUAUAAACUAUUCUGUGCAUGCUCUAGCAUUGUAUUAACAGCUGACAGGCAGAAGGCUCUGGAGAGCAAGGAUGGCUGCCUCUGGUUUUCUUUUGUAAGAGUCUCAAAGAGCAGCAAAACUCACCGGAGCGGAUGCAGGACCAGACAAUGCUCAAAGCAAAUCAUAAAGUGAAACUGUUGUGCUUUGUAUUUAUUUCUUUGGGGAUUUUUCUUUAAAGUAUUUAACUUCACAGGAAAAUAGAGAGUAUAUCCGAAACAGUGACAAUUAGCGACGCACCUUUUCAAGAAUGAGAGGGGUGUGAUUUGAGAAAUAAAGUGAUCUUUUGUGUUUAA